GUCUAUCCAGUUACAUGGGCAUACGAGUGCACUGAAUAAUUAGGACUAUUCUCCAAAUCUUGCACAAUAGAAUAAAUAAAACCCUAAUCACUUGCUCUUUCAAAAUGCAAGUGCGCUGUAGAAGGCCUUAUGAAAGGAAAUAAUUCGGUCCAAUGAUUUUGGUUAAGUGCAAACAUUUUGGUGGAAUAUUCUUUCCCAGUUAAAUAUAGUUCUUUCAAAAUUAGAUUCAUUUUUCACUCUUAACCUUAGCAGUGGAUUACACAAGGUCAAGAAGAAUCUUGAUUAAUAUGAUCAAUCAUUAUUUCUCAGAGUAAUUUCGUCCUAGUCUCUUCCCAAUUUGUAGUCUCUGUCGAGUGCUAUCCUGAUAAGAAUGUGUGUGGGAGAAACUCCACCAUAAACCAAAGAACGGUUUAUGAGACUGAGAAGUCAUUCAAGAGUAAUACUACUCUCUCCAUCUCAAUCUUUUAGGAAUUCAACUUGGUUGAAGAAAUAUGGUUGUAUAUUUAUCAUCUGCACCUGUAUGCUCAAUAUUCUGUUCUGGCCUACCGGGGCUUCAACCAGCUUUCUCAAUAAACAUGAAUAAGGCAGUGGCACACACAGUCUCAUACAACACCCAAAUGAAUGGAGCCUACAACAGGCUCAGGAAGCACUUCUCCUACUUUGAUGCAGAAAAAAACCAAAAUUUUCCAAUUUACCUGGAAAAUUCAGGGAGUAGCCAGUGUCCUGAUGUGGUGAUAGAUUCCAUGUCUAAUUACAUGAGAUCUAAGUAUGUUCAAAUAGGAGCUGGAUAUGAACUUUCCAUGAGAGCAAAGGGGGUGGUAGAUUCUGCUCAUAAUUUCAUGAAGACCUUUGUGAACGCUGAUGAAGUUGGAGAGGUUGCAUUAGGACCUUCAUCUUCUCAGCUUUUGAAAAAUUUGAGUUACUGUUACUGGAAUUUUGUCGAGGAAGGAGAUGAAGUGAUUGUUCAUGGGGCCAAUCAUGAAGCAAAUGCUGGUCCGUGGGUUAAACUCGCAAAGGAGAAAGGGCUAAAGCUCAAAUUUUGGAUGGUGAAUGAAGAUUUCAGCUCAAACUUGGAAUCUCUUGGUAAGCUCUUAUCCACUAAGACUAGAAUCCUAGCAGUCCCGCAUGUUUCCAACGUUUUGGGAGAAAUCCUGGAUUUGGAAAAAUUAGUGGAAUUUGUUAGGGAGAAAGUAGGAUCCAAGAGAACCAGAGUGAUUGUGGAUGGUGUGGCCUUUGCCCCACAUGGAGCAAUUGACGUAGCAAAGUGGGGUGUUGAUUGGUAUGUUUUAAGCACAUACAAGGUUUGUGGGCCUCACAUGUCUGUUCUCUUUGGAACCAAUGAUGCCUUUAAUGAAAUCAAGGAUGAAAUGCCCAAUUUCUUUUUCAUUCCCAAUCAUGACUUCAGCAGUAAAUUUGAACUUGGAUGCCUUAAUCAUGAGGGUUGUGCAGGGAUUCUCGCCCUCAAACAGUAUCUACAACUUCUGGCGCAGGAAGAAGAGUGCUUAAAUUUGGAUGCUUCUGAAGAGGUUGACUCAAUUAAAAAUGUUCAAAAGCAAUUUUCUGCUAUAAAAGUUGACGAUUCUUCUAUCUUUGAUAGAGAGUUAGUCAAAGCUGCUUUCCGUACAGUUAAAUUGUUGGAGAAACCCUUGCAAAGUGCAUUGAUUAGUUAUCUUAGAUCAAGAUCAGAUGUCCGAAUCGUAGGACCUGAUGAUGCAGAUGGAGAACGCAGGGUUCCCACCAUCUCUUUUGUCCACAGGAGGAAGAAAUCAUCUGACAUUGCUCAAGCUCUUUACAAAAUGGGUUUUGCAAUUAGGAAUGGACAUAUGUAUUCCUACAGGCUUAUCUCAGCUUUAUGUUCGUCUGGCCUUCUAUGCGACAACAAUGUAAGCGAGGGUGUAGUGAGAAUUUCAAUGAUGCAUUACAAUACUCCUACUGAGUUAGUUUCGCUUUAUCAGUAGCGUGACAGGAGAGUCUUAACUUUGUGUCCUCCUUGGGCUGUUUGUAUAAGCUUCAAAGCAACAUCUAUGAAAAACAGAGUUUGAUGAUCAUCACAGAUACAUCAUACUGUAAGGGGCAAACUCUCGAAGGCAUUUCCAGGUGCAAUGAAAAUAUGCACGGUUAUGUUAUUGCUGUAGGAGAUGAACAAAUAGUCCAGGCCAAGCAUCAGGCUUUACGGCAACACUACAUCUUGAAAGUUAAAACCAUUGGUUUAACGUACAGAAUUAGAGAGUUAAAUUUAGCAACAACUAGCCAAUGUUGCCUUUGAGUUUCAAGUUCAUAAGAUGAUUUACUUCCGCUGCAAAUUCUAGUGUGAUCACAUUGUAUGGGCUCUAAAAAAGUAUACUAACAAUAACUGCUGCUUUUCUUUCAAGAUUGACCCCUCUGCUGAAAAAUAGAUUAACUGAUCUUCCAGAGUGUUUAAUGUACUUCAAUUCAACAGGCUGUACGGACUCCCUGGA